UGAAUACAAGUCAUUUAAAAUCAAAAAUAACACCUAACAAUUCCGCAGCUACAUAACCAGGAUGUGUUUUGAGUCGGACAGGAGCAGGACGGAAAAGGCCGGGAGUGACGGGAAACAAAGGUACAGGAAACGGGAGAGCAAGGCUAGGGUUGGCUAGGGUUGGUUAGGGUAAGGGAAGCAGGAGGCUUAUCCCGCUGCUCCCCUCCCCCACCCCCACCUUUCCCAGUAAUGAUCAUAUUAUCUGCUUGAAAAAUUAAGACUCCUUCUCCUUCAAAACACGACAACCACGCCUUUGUCAACGUAGCCUGCGUAGCAGGCGCAUAAAGGGAAGGGGUGGGGGAGGAGGAAAAGAAUUCGGGGAACAGAACGUUCCCUUUCCCCUCCCCCCUCGCACUUCUCCGUUUUUUUUUCUCGAAUUCUCUUCCUCCUCCCCCACCCCGUCCCCUUUGUACGCCUGCUACGCAGAACGAGAUCGAGAGGACACAAAUACUCCCUUGUGGACCCCACACUGUGUACUUUUGUCGACAACGAUGUUUCAAGAUGGCGCCGAUAACGCAAGCGCAGUAUUAGUUGGAACGGCAAAUUCGAAGACAUUUUGAAAUAAUUUCCACACUAGAACUUUUCCUAUCUGCUUAUACUUGACUUUUGAAGGGGGCGGAGUUAAAGGCAGGUUAUUUUAGAUUUUUUCGUGGGCCUUCGUACUUUUCGCAGUAUUCCUUCCGCGCCUUGCCACAGAGAAGAUGCGCAAUUAAUUCGGCCAAAGUAAUGAUGAAAAGACGUAGCACGGUUCUCAAUAUCUAGGUGAUAGAGCGACUUCUCCGGGAUGUCCCUAGGAUAGUUGGUACAUACAAUCCGGGAGAGUUGGCAGUCAGAACAAUAUGGGUUCUUCAGAUGCUACACAGCACUGGACCACACAUUACCCUGAGGUCAAAGACAGGCUAACCAUUCGCUCCUUCCAGCGUUCUGACCAAAAAGAAUGUGUUCAGAUUUUUAUGGAUGGAUUUCAAGAUUACAAAAAAGCUCUUGCUGUAACUUUCUUGUCAAAAUCAUCAUGGUAUGUUGGCAUGGCAACUAUCUUGGCAUCACUUGCAGCAGUAUUGGGGUCAACAUGGAUUUUUGUGUUGUUUGUGUUUAUCAUUUUGAUUCUGUUGACAUUUUUCUACAUAAGUCUGCAUGUUGCUUGUUACAAGUAUGUUAAGUACACAGUGAGAACUGAUAUGAGGGAUAUCGAGAAGUCAUACAUGUCAGAUGAAGGCUGUCACAUGUGGGUAGCUGAGUUGUGCGGUAAAGUUGUUGGUAUGGUUGGACUCCGUCACGAUGAGAACCAGGAGCCAGGAGUAUUUGAACUGCAGCGAAUGUAUGUGGUGCCAGGUUAUAAACGAAUGGGCAUUGGUAAACGAAUGCUCACUGAAGUGAUUACACAUGCAAAAAAACAUAGAAUGAAGAUGAUUGUUUUAACAACUUCCAACAUUCAGGUACCUGCGAUACAGCUGUACAUGAAGUAUGGCUUCAAAGAUGCAACUCACAGCUCCAGUGCAAAUGAGUCUGGUGGAUCAAUCCAAAGGCCUGACGGUGAAUCAAUACUUGCAAUUCUGACAGCUGUUACAAAUUUCAAGUUAAGCAUUUCCUCAUCAUGAACUCUUUUGAAGUUUAAGAAUUCCUCAAUUCUCUCAAUGUAACAGCCUGAUAGAGAAAAAAUUUAUGUUUUUAUAGCAAAUUACUGGUAAAGCAUAAACAAGUAAAAAUUAGUGAUACGAAAGAACAACGUUUCAGUGACACUGUGACACCAUUUUCAAGUUCAAAUGCAAAAAAGAUAUACUGUCAGAAAAUUCACUCAAGAUUCUUCCGAAAGACCUGUACAGACAUUUUUUCGUUCUCAGGAAGUGCAUGAAUAAGUUCGAUUGUUUAGUGCAUGAAAUGCUGCUAAUUAGAGAAUUAACUCCAUCUCUCAAUGUUCAGUCGGACUCAUUUCAAGCAAAACUACUUGCAUGACAUUGUAUAUGUAAUUAUGAAGUAUGUUAAUCUUGGGCGAAUUUUCUGACAGUUUAUCUUUUUUGCAUUUGAACUUGAAAAUGGUGUCACGAUGUAACCGAAACGUUGUUCUUUCUUAUCGCUAAUUUUUACUUGUUUAUGAAUUACAGAUAAAAGUGACAAUAUAAAGUUUACAAAAGCUUUUUGUUGAUAAAUAAUUUUUAUUAAAGUGCCUAUGAAAUGAAAGGUAAUUACUGCUUAAUUGAAAGGCUCUUCAAAAUAAAGAAUGGCAUUUCC